AUGACUUGCUCCGAAACUCACACUGCCGUCCGCACCACCACGGACUUGGCCAUUCCUAUUCGGACAAUUGACAUCGUCUCCAUUGGACAGUAUCCCACGCGCGAUGUGGAGUGCUCUUCCGACUCUCUGGUUCCCCUGUCCCUGAAUCAACUGAAAGCAGGCGAGAUCAUUCAACGGAUGCACAGCGAUGCGAACAACCUCCUCUGUAGCAUCCAGGGUCUGCUCCAUUACCGCACCCUAUCCGCAACCGGCGGCGGACAUAUCGUCCCCAAUACUAUCCUCGGGAAUCCCAAGCUGCUCAACGUACAGCGUCUAUCACAAGAAAUCACCGGUGACAUGGGCGAGCUGGUCGCACUCUCGCGCAGGGAAGCGAAAGACACAAUGCGAGACCUUGGACAGGCGCGCAAGAUGCGGCGUAAUCAUCGUGUGAUGGAGCGCCAUAGGGCCCAUCACCCCGACAUGAACAGCCCAGUCCAGCUCGUCUGCCACACCUGCAAUGCCAGGCGCACUCCGCAAUGGCGCAGUGGCCCGGCCGGUCCCUGCACCUUGUGCAACGUGUGCGGACUAAUCCACGCCAUGCGGCUCCGGAAGCAGGGACGCAUUAGGAGCAAGAAGGUUUCGGCAUCAUCCUACAUUUCAUGA